AUGGUUGCUGCUUGGCAGCCGCCAACUGCAUGGAAUGCCAUCCAGAAGCACUACGUCGCUGGUAGCUUUGCCGAAAAGGACGCAGAAGCUUUUGCAGGGCUAUGUUUUGAGAUCGUCACCUAUCCUGGACCGGAGCUCGCUGGGAUGACCAGAAACAUUGAAAACGCCAUCAACACACGUCCGUUUACGACAAGUCCCGGUUACAAGACACGCGAACUUGGCUACCGCAUCCACAAGGUUCUUCAGACAAGAUCCUCGUCCAACAACUUAGACGAUGUUGACGGCCCUGGAGGGAGACACGACAACGAUUUCACAGAUUUCCGACAGAUUUCCAUCUACCCAAGCAGCGAUGAGCUCUCUUCGACAAUCCCACCAUUCUAUCGACAGGCUGUCGAAGUAUCACAGUCUGAUCCGGCUCGGAGGACUGCCAGGCACCUUGACAACCAGUUCCGUCUUCUCCGCGAGGACAUGCUGGCAGAGCUUCGUGACGAUAUUUCAAUUGCCACAGGAAAACGAAAAGGCAAGAGGCGAAGCCAAAUCCUAAAACAGCUCGUGCCGGUUAGCAUCGACACGGGUGAUGAGGUGCGAGCCCGGCAGUGCGCCCUUCAAGUCAGCGUCGGUUCCGGGCUCGAGAAGCUUACCAAGCUGCCAGUUGCCGAGCGAAAGAAGUUUUUAACUGAAAACCGAAGCUUCUUGCCCCAUCAGGCAUUUGGAGCCAUCUCCUCGAACUACACUAUUAUUGGUUUUGCCUUUGCGGUCCGCAACAUUGACGACCUCGUCAGAGACCCUCCACUGCUCAGUCUCUCAUUCUGUUCCUCUGAAACCAUGGAGAAGGCCUUGAGCAACGCUGUGCAGUCGCAGAGUUUGGAGUUCAUCCUAAUGGACACUCCUGUAUUUGCAUAUGAACCUGUCCUCCGACGCCUUCAAGAAAUCACGGAGCUGCCACUCGACAAGCCUCUACUGCAGAUGGAGGAUGGCAAUGCGGAGCAGAGGUUUGAGAUACCCACAAAACUGCAAGCCGAGAUUCAGAAAAUUAGAGAACACAACCCUGAGGGGAUCCAGUUGAAGAUUGCAGGCCGAAGCUACCAGAUAGACGCAGCGCAGGCUCGCGCUCUAGUAACGGCAUUACAGAACCCGCUUGCGGUAAUCCAAGGACCACCUGGCACGGGAAAGUCUUUUGUGGGUGCCCUCGCAGCCAAGCUGCUUCUUCAAGGUUCGCCCGGGCGGAUCCUCGUCCUCUCCUACACGAACCACGCACUCGAUCAAUUCCUGGAAGAUCUCUUGAACAUAGAAAUUGACGAAAGAACUAUAACACGACUUGGAUCAAAAUCUUCAGCCGCCACAGCCAAGCUGUCCUUUGACUUGCAGGCGCGCGAAUGCCAAUCUGGAAUCUCCCGGCACGGAAGGUUGCUUUACGCGCUUAAAGACGAGCUCAGGAGUCUUCGAGUCGAUGUCGAAAACGCAUUUGACAAGGUCGCCAAGCGAUCCCCCUCCCUAGAAGAGAUCAUUGACUAUCUUGAGCUCGCUCACCAGGGUGAGGAAUCAAUCCACGAAAUCCACUGGUUGACCAAUAUAUUGACCUCAACACGCGUCAACGUCAACCCACGACUUGAAUUGUUACAUAAUCAACCAAUCCACGGUGCUGCGCAUUUUGAUGGACGAUAUGGAUGGAUUGACCAGUCGUCCAGCAUCGCGAGAAACGGAAGCUCUGCUGCAGGCGAUGAUACCCCGCACGAUGCUUUACUGCUCCCGAGGCUUGCCCUUCUAGACGCGGGAAAAAUUCCUUUGACAUCCUGGACGCCAUCCUCAGAUGAGGAGCAGCGCAUAUUCCGCGUCUGGAAGGGCUUCACACUAGCCGAACGAACCAAGGAUACGGUGUCUUGGAUAUGGGACUACGGCGUUGAGAUUCAAUCAGAAGCGUCCAGGCGAUGGAUCUGCAUGCCGUGCGUGCGCCAAAAAGCAUCAUCACCACAGUCAUACGAAUCAAGAGGCACACAGAAUGCCGAGCACCACCUCUGGAAGUCUCACGGCUACUGGGAUCCGUCAGGACGACGACGAACGCCACUGCAGACGAAAGAGGGAAGGAAAGCCUUCGCAUCGAUCACAGACCUCAUGGGCCUCAAACGUUUGGAGCCUAACGACCAGGCCCUGGCGAACAACCUAAUCCGACGAUUCGAUCAAGCCGAGUUCCAGAAGCUGGUGGUGAACUGGAUAGUAGAGAGCCAGCAGUCAUUCAGGCAGGUCGAACAUCCACGUCUGCGACAAAUAUUCGAAUACCUGAAUCCUGCGGUGCGUAUCAAGGAUGCGCAUGUUACUGCUAAGACUAUCCAGAGCUUGGCUAUUCAGCAGUUCGAGCGCCAUCGCGAUGCCGUUCAGCAUGCAUUGAGGAGGUCUCCGGGCCAGAUACAUAUCGCUUUCGAUGGCGCGAGGACCAGAAACCGUCACGCAUUAUACGGCGUGACGGCUGUCUUCCGAGAUGAGGACAACCAACUCCGAAAGCUUGUCCUGGGCAUUCCGGAGCUGGUGGAACGACACUCCGGCGAGAAUAUCGCUGCUGAGAUCCUUGACAUUAUUCGCUCCUUCGGCAUCGAGGACAAAGUGGGUUACUUCACCCUCGACAAUGCAGCGAACAACGACACGGCGAUGCGCGAGAUCGCGCAAGAGUUGCACUUCGAUCCGGUGCGACGGCGCGUUCGAUGCGUUGGCCACAUUCUCAAUCUCGUCGUCAAGUCCCUUCUGUUUGGAAAAGAUGUCGAGGCGUUUGAGGACACCGUCGCGAAGGGCGAAGCACUGGCAAGGGCAGCGCACGACACGUGGAUGCGGAGAGGCCCCGUCGGCAAAGCUCACAACUUUGCCAUUUGGGUCCAUCGGUCGGAUGUUCUGACGCAGUUGCUUCGCCAAAUCCAACAAGACUCGUAUGCGGCAGCUGACGACGCCGAAGUUGGGAAGCAACGGCCAGUCGACGUGGUUAUUGACAACGAUACCAGAUGGCUAUCCCAAUACUACAUGAUCAAGCGGCUGUUGCGACUGCAGCCUUUCUAUGAAGAGUUCAUUGCUAAAGCAAAGAGAAUCUUCCGAGAUGGCCGGAGAGGAGAGGUAGGCCGGAGGUUUCCUCCUUGUCUUGAGGAGUCAAGCUUCCUCACCGAGAACGAUUGGGCGGUGCUCAGGACUUUUGACGAGAUCCUCUCGGACUUCCACGUGGUUGUACAAGCGCUCCAGGGCGAUGGGCAGCCGCGUUGUCGCGCCUCCGGCAUACGAGAGACCUUCGGUUCGAUGACUGACGUGCUAGAGGCAUUUGAGUUCCUUCUGAGCAAGCUGGAAGACGCAAAGUCGCAGAUCGAGACGCAUCCCGAGCCGGAGCAUUUUGGCAUUAACGUCAAUCUUGGCUGGAUGAAGCUGGACAAGUACUAUAAUACCUUGAGAGACACGCCGGUCUACUACGCUGCCGCUGCUUUGCAUCCUGGGCUGCGAUGGACUUAUUUUGACGAGAUUUGGGGCCGGCACCACCCGGAAUGGGUUGAAGAAGCGAAGCAGAUUGUGCAGCAGCUCUGGAGCAAUGAAUAUAGUAACCUGCAAAUCACAGUCGCAUCCACUGCCGAUGGGCCAGCGCUAAAAAAGCAGAAGACUGUGCUGUCCUCAUUUGAUAGGUACCGUAAUAGACACCGGCAAAGCAAUGCACCCACUGCCGGAGCAGAUGAAUACGCACGCUGGCAAGCUAGCAUGUCGGAGCUGGACAGAGAUGUGGCUGACCCGGUGGAGUAUUGGCACCUGAAGAGAUUCGAGUAUCCUAAGCUGUCUCGAAUGGCACUUGAUGUGAUGACAGUGCCGGCCAUGAGCGCAGAGUGCGAGAGGCUGUUCUCGGCAGCAGGGCUAAUGCUUUUCUGGCGUGCAUUCCAGAUACCGCGUGAAGAGGACGGGUUUACAAUCACUGGCCGAAAUGGUGUGGCGAUGCAGACUGGCUAUCUCCUCGACCGAUGGCAGAGUAACAAAGGGCCAGGAAAUCUGUCGCGAGAGGUUUAUGCAGACUGCCGGGAAAUUUGGAAGUACAACAAGGAACAGAGACUUGCCUGGAUUCGCAAGUGGACCGAGGCCAUUCGGGAAGAGCACAUUGAAGCUCUACACGGCUACAUCGAACGGUUCAACGACACACAGACCAAGAUUGACUCCCUGUUCAAUGAAUCACGAUGCUCCUUCAUCAAGACAAAAAGGAUCAUUGGAUGCACGACCACUGCCGCAGCCAAGUACUCAUCUUUGAUCAAGGCGGCCAAGCCCGACUACAUUUUGGUCGAGGAAGCUGGUGAAAUCCUGGAAGCUCAUGUUCUCACAGCUCUGAGCACCUCGACGAAAGGCCUGAUUCUGAUUGGAGAUCACGAACAGCUACGGCCCAAGUGCAAAAAUUACGCCUUGAGUGUUGAGAAAGGUGCCGGAUACGAUCUCAACAGGUCCCUCUUCGAGAGACUCAUCUUGGCCGGGCAAGAGCACAGCACACUCCACAGGCAGCAUCGAAUGCAUCCUGACAUUUCACAGCUCGUCCGCUUCAUGACCUACCCAGACCUGAAAGACGGAGCGAAGACGCUCGAUAGACCGCAGAUACGAGGCCUUCGUGACAGGGUCACAUUUGUCAAUCACAGCAAGCCUGAAAGUACCGCCAACGACCUCGGCGACCGCCUGGACGCGAACCAAACGUCGAGCAAAGAGAACAAGUUCGAGGCUCAGAUGAUCCUGAAGACGGUGAAAUUCUUAGCACAGCAAGGCUACAAAACCGAGAACAUCGUUAUCCUAACGCCGUACUUGGGCCAGCUGCGACUUCUUCGGGACAUGCUGAGUCGUGACAAUGACCCGUUGCUGAGCGACCUUGACUCGCACGAGCUCAUCCGUGCAGGUCUGGCCACAACUGCUGCGGCGAAACUCGGAAAGACCCAGAUACGCCUAUCAACAAUUGAUAACUAUCAAGGAGAGGAGAGCGAUAUUGUUGUUGCUUCACUUACCCGCAGCAACAGCAACGGAGAUAUCGGCUUCAUGAAAUCCCCUCAGCGCCUGAAUGUGCUGUUGUCCAGAGCUCGAAAUGGUAUCAUUAUUUUCGGGAACAUGGACACCUUCCUUGCCUCGCGUCAUGCUGCCGACUGCUGGCAGCCUUUCUUUCACUAUAUGAAGGAGAAAUGCUAUCUACAAGAUGGCCUUCCGGUGUAUUGUGAGCAGCACACGGAUCGCACCGCAACGCUUUCAACCCCUCAGGACUUUGAUCUCAAGUGCCCAGACGGUGGCUGUGCCGAGCCCUGUGGCGCUAUGAUGAAAUGUGGCGUGCACAAGUGUCAUCGUAGGUGCCAUCGUGUGACAGAUCACGGCAACCUUGAAUGUGGCGAGCUGGUUGAAAGGACGUGCCAGAAGCAGCACGCGUACAAAGUCCGGUGCGGGCAGGCUCCUACGCGAUGCCCGGAAUGCGUGCGAGAGGAAGAGGACAUCAAGCGUCGCGCGAAGCGAGACCUAGAAUUGGAGAAAAUGAGACUUAAGAGACAAGAAGAUUACAGACGUGAGCUGCUCGCCAUUCAGGAUGAAAUGGCGCAUCUGAAGCUACAGGAUGAAUGUCAGCGAGAGGUAGAGGAUCAAGAGCAAAGCCUACAACGUGAGCGAGAGGCUCUGUCUGAGCUGCAGGAGACGAAAAAGCGUAAGGAAUCUAUUAAGAAGGCUCAGAAGGAAGGGGAAAAUAGAUCUGUCGGCACUAAAGGACAACGUCCCUUCCAGAGCACUCCAGGACUCAAGCCAACAGUCAACUUGGAGCCUGGCUCUGCAAGAUACGAGUGGGAAUGCCUGAAGCGAGAUGAAGGCGCCUCUAAUAAGACAUUGGACACUUUGAUGGAGAUGGUUGGUUUGGAGGCAGUGAAGAAGGCGUUUCUUAGCAUCAAGACAACAGUCGAUACAGCCACUCGGCAGGGCGUGUCAACUGAGAAUGAGCGUUUCGGAUCUAGCUUUCUUGGAAAUCCUGGCACUGGAAAAACUACGGUGGCAAGGCUAUAUGCCAAGUUUCUCACCACCACCGGCGUCAUCGCCGGCAGCCGCUUCGAGGAGGUCACCGGCGCCAAGCUCGCCAAUAUGGGCGUCACCGGCUGCCAAAAGCUCCUCGACGACAUGCUCAAUGCUGGCGGCGGCGUCGUCUUCAUCGACGAGGCAUACCAGCUGUCUUCGGGAAACAGCCAGGGCGGGUCUGCGGUGCUCGACUUUCUGCUCGCCGAGGUCGAGAACCAGCGGUCCAAGAUUUGCUUCGUCCUCGCCGGCUACGCUAAACAGAUGGAGUCGUUCUUCGCCCACAACCUUGGCAUCCCAUCCCGCUUCCCGUUCGAGAUCAAGUUCGAGGACUACACCGAUCAGGAGCUCCUGAAGAUCAUGGGGUCCAAGAUUGACGCCAAGUACAGUGGCCGGAUGAAGGCAGAAGAGGGACUGGAUGGUCUCUACUGCCGGAUCGCCACUCGCAGAGUCGGGCGCGCGCGAGGGAAAGAGGGCUUUGGCAACGCACGCGCUGUAGAGAACCUGCUGAGCGUCAUCUAUAGACGGCAGAGCGACAGGCUGCGGGUAGAGAGGCGCGAGGGAUCUCGACCUGACGACUUGCUGCUCACAAAGAAAGACUUUCUGGGGCCUGAACCGACCAAUGCCCUUCUCAAGUCCAAGGCGUGGGUCAAGCUUCAGGAGCUGAUCGGACUGGAAUCCGUCAAGGAGUCGAUCAAGUCGCUCGUCGACAGCGUCACGGUGAACUACCAACGGGAGCUCGACGAGGAGCCCAUCAUCGAGUAUAGCCUGAAUCGCGUCUUCUUGGGCAACCCCGGGACGGGAAAGACGACCAUUGCCAAGCUCUACGGCCAGGUACUCGCGGACUUGAGCCUCUUGACCAACGGCGAAGUUGUUGUCAAGAAUCCCUCCGACUUUGUCGGCGCCGUCAUCGGACAAUCUGAGAAGCAGACGAACGGCAUCCUCGCUGCGACGGUAGGCAAGGUCCUGGUCAUCGACGAAGCCUACGGGCUCUAUGGUGGCGGCGCUGCGUCAAAAGGCGGCGGCGGCUUCUCGGACCCUUACAAGGUGGCUGUGGUCGACACCAUCGUCGCCAACGUCCACAGCACCCCAGGUGAUGAUCGCUGCGUUCUCCUCCUGGGAUACCGGGACCAGAUGGAGGAAAUGUUCCAAAAUGUCAAUCCUGGACUCAGCCGACGGUUUCCGCUCAGCACCGCGUUUACGUUUGAAGACUUUACCCAGGCCGACGUCAGCAAGAUCCUGGACCUGAAGCUCAAGCAGCAAGGCUUUGGGGUGACUCAAACGGCUAGAACGGUCGCGCUCGAUAUGAUGGAUCGCGCACGCAGUCGUCCCAAUUUUGGUAACGCCGGCGAGGUAGACAUUCUCCUCAACAGUGCCAAGGCUCGUCACCAGACGCGACUGAUGGCUCGGGAGACCCUACGGAAGACCACCUUGGAAGCCCUCGACUUUGACGAGGAUCACGGUCGAACAGAGAAUGCCGAGACCAACGUAGCGCAGCUCUUCCGCGACACGAUCGGCUGCGAUCGCAUCGUGGCCAUGCUCCAGGGUUAUCAGCAGACGGCCCGAACGACGAAGAACCUCGGCUUGGAUCCGAAAGAACACGUGCCGUUCAACUUCAUCUUCCGCGGCCCACCAGGCACCGGCAAGACGACGACGGCGCGGAAGAUGGGCAAAGUGUUUUACGAUGCGGGGUUUCUCGCUAGUGCCAAAGUGCACGACUGCUCGGCGUCAGACCUCGUCGGGCAGUACGUCGGGCAGACGGGGCCCAAGGUGCGGCAGCUGCUCGACAAGGCCCUUGGUGCGGUGCUGCUCGUCGACGAGGCCUACCGGCUGCGCGAGGGCCAGUUUGCCAAGGAGGCUCUUGACGAGCUCGUGGACUGCAUUACAAAGGAGCGGUAUCGCAAGCGUCUCAUCGUUAUUCUCGCCGGGUACGAAAACGACGUGAAUGCCCUCUUAGCCGUGAACCCCGGACUCACGAGCCGCUUCUCCGAGGUCCUCGACUUCAACAGCCUGCCACCAGCGGACUGUUUCGAGCUGCUGGGCAAGAACUUUCUGAAGCAGAAGGCCUCCAUCGUGAAGGGUGGUAAGGGCAAUAUGGCGCUCGACUGCCUGGAGACACCGGCUGCUGAGUUCCAAACUGAGGUUUGCCGACUGCUUGAGCGUCUGUCUAAGCUUCCGGGCUGGGGAAACGCACGAGACGUUGAGACGCUGGCAAGAUCCAUGUUUCAGGCCGCGAUGAAGGCGGGUACUUCUGAGGUGGACGGUACCAUUACGGUCACCGAAGCCAUGGUCAAGGCAGAAGUGGAAGCCAUGGCCAUAGAGCGGGAGAGUCGAUCACGCCAGACGUUACAUGCGCCAUCAAAAGCGAAAUUGUUGCAAAUGUGUCUGAUGAAGAGUUCCAACGUGACCCCUCAAGUCUCUCUGGUCUCUGCGCAGAAAACCUCGCAGGCAGUCUCCAAAGACAAUGCUCGUGACGACAGGCCGCCGCCCGCGGACGACCCGGAGCCCACUAAAACCACUAUUUCUCCCACUAACGGUGCAAGAGCUGCGGUACGUGAUGCGGGCGUGAGCGACGAGGUCUGGGGUCAGCUGCAGCGCGACGCGCAGGCUGAGAGACAGCGCGAAGCGGAGUACGAGAAGAAGCAGAAGCUCAAGGUGGAGACGCGGGAUGACGCAUUGCGGAAGCGCAUUAUCCAGGAGCUCAUCAAAGAAGAAGAAGAGCGGAGAAAGGAAGCCGAAACUAGGCAGAAGCUGAAGAUGCAAGGACGAUGCCCAGUGGGAUACGAAUGGAUUCGCCAGACGGGCGGCUGGCGCUGCGCUGGAGGGUCGCACUUCAUGUCCGAUGGUGAGGUGUAG